CAAAAAACCGGAUUAACCGAAGACGCGCGAUUUUGUAGUGUUUAAUUGUGCAAAGAAAUUUAAAGCUAGCUAACGAUGUCUCUCGCCGACGAGCUACUUGCCGAUCUCGAGGAUGAUAACGAUGAUGUCGAGGAGGACAUCGAAAUCAAGGAGGAGCCGCGUACAACCGCACCGGAUGGUGAGGGUUCCAACGAUGGUUCGGGAGACGAGGAAGACGCCAUCAUCUUCGACCUGAAAGAUGAACCGAUGGAGAUAAACUUCUCCGUGGCAUCGAUCCGAGAAAUCUGCCGGUUACGGGACUCCGACCGGUUGGCUAACGUUCUGUCACAGAUUGAAACGUAUGCGAAGAAUCCCCGCACCACCAAGGAGAUGGUCGGAAAUGUGGAAUCGGAUCCAGAGUACCAGCUGAUAGUGGAAGCGAAUAACAUUGCGGUAGACAUUGAUAAUGAAAUCUCAACGAUACACAAGUUCGUCAAGGACAAAUACCAAAAGCGUUUCCCAGAGUUGGACUCUCUGAUUAUGGCGGAAAUGGACUACAUCCGAAGCGUACGGGAGCUUGGAAAUGAUCUCGAUCAGGCGAAGAACAACGAACGGUUGCAGGAAAUUCUGACUCAAGCAACAAUUAUGAUCGUUUCCGUUACUGCUUCAACAACGCAAGGAGUUAAACUGGAGAAGCCCGAGCUGGAGCAAAUUUUUGAAGCGUGCGAUAUGGCGGUAGAGUUGAAUGAUUUCAAAAGUAAAAUUUUUGAUUAUGUGGAAAGCAGGAUGACGUUCAUUGCCCCGAAUAUGUCGAUGAUAGUUGGUGCCUCGACAGCGGCCAAGCUGGUAGGAUUGGCCGGAGGUUUGACCAAGCUCUCUAAGAUGCCCGCUUGUAACGUGCAAGUUCUUGGAGCUCAAAAGAAAACGCUUUCUGGCUUCUCGAAGGUGGCCAUGUUACCGCAUACCGGGUACGUGUACUAUUGCGACAUUGUGCAAGAUACCGCACCGGAUCUAAGACGCAAGGCUGCUCGGCUGGUAGCGGCCAAGUGUACCCUGGCAGCACGUGUCGAUGCAUCUCACUCCAGUCACUUGGGUGAGAUUGGGCAGCGAUUCCGAGAGGAUAUAGAAAAGAAGCUCGAUAAACUGCAAGAACCACCACCGGUAAAGUUCAUCAAACCACUUCCCAAGCCGAUUGAGGGUGGUAAGAAGAAACGUGGUGGUAAACGCGUUCGUAAGAUGAAGGAACGGUAUGCUAUAACCGAGUUCCGCAAGCAAGCGAAUCGUAUGAACUUUGGCGACAUUGACGAGGAUGCCUAUCAGGAAGAUCUCGGUUAUACUCGUGGUACCAUCGGUAAAACAGGUACCGGUAGGAUUCGAUUGCCGCAAAUCGAUGAAAAGACAAAGGUGCGCAUUAGCAAGACACUGCAGAAGAACCUCCAAAAGCAGCAACAAGUUUGGGGCGGCAGCACGACGGUCAAGAAACACAUCUCCGGUACAGCGUCGAGCGUGGCCUUCACGCCGUUGCAGGGGUUGGAAAUCGUCAAUCCACAGGCUGCAGAAAAACCGACCGCCGACACCGGGGCCAAAUAUUUCUCCAAUACAUCCGGGUUUCUGUCGGUUGGCAAGAAAACAACUUAAAUUUAAUUGAUUCAGAGUGGUCGGUGUUGACCGGUAGGUUAAAGAAAUUGAAAAUUAUAAAUAAACUAGCAUGACCCAGCGUGCGUCGCUACGCUUAAAAGAGGAUGGUUAUUUGAAAUUAGAUGUUUUUUGAGUUGUUGCUUUGUGUGUGAUGAUUGUUGUUAAUAUUUGCUGAGGAUUUUACAUUGGUUACAUGAACACCAACCAUGGUUCUGAGCUUAUUUUUGAAUUUCAUGGAUUGGCCAGCGAGGAGAAUUACUAAACUAUCAUCAGCAUUUAAUACUUGGCUGAAACGCUUCUGUUUUGUGCGCAAAGGAUCGGCAGGGCUCGAGCUCAGAUUUCUUUUCUUUGAGAUUUGGGUGCUAUGCCUUCGGAAGGGAGUCACCUCGUUUUUAGAAGACUUUUGGCGUCGCAAAGAAUUUAACCGAAAAGAGGAAUUUUCUGUUCAGAUUGCCCUUUAUUCGCAAAUACCCUGCCCUUUUACACCCCGGAUCGGCCGGUGUCCCUCUUCGGAACAUACAUCCCAUAACGGCUCAUUUCUCCCAUAACUGUGUUGAGCUCCUAAUGCUACCAACUGGAGUUAGGACCCCGCGCAAAAGCCCUCAUGGAAAUGUUAAUGAGGUGUUAGUAAUGUGUGUGUGCAUAUUUUGAAUUUUUAUACAUAAUUUUUUUAUCUUUGAUGAAAUUUCGAAAAUUCGAAUUGUGCAUAUUGCCCCAGUAUGCUUAAACCGGUUUUAACUAAGCCUUCUAGGAUAAAAUUCUCAUCAAUUAAAUUAAUUCGCGCUGUCAACGCUCCCUGGCGCUCAGUAUUGCAACUACUAUUCGGUGAUUUAGUGGAUUUUCAAAAAAUCAUUAAAAAAUAACUGUUUGAGCUAGGGCUAUGAAAAUUUGAGAGUAUUAGUUUUUUUGUAUGAAAAAUCUAAGAAAAAUAUCAAAUCAAAGGUUAACAGAAAGUUACGGAAAAUAAUUUUUCUAUUUUUUGAAUAACUUAAGUAAUGGGAAUGAAAUAUAGUUUACAUCCGAUUCUGAUACCUACAGAAGAUACACACAAAGUUUGGUUUGAAUCGGUUCAGCCGUUUCGGAGGAGUUUGGACACAAAAAAAUGUGA